UUUGAACUGGCCAAAGACAACUUCAGACCUGUAUAAUGUAACAGAAAAGGUCAGAAAACGUUAGGCAGUAGAAGUGUGAGCAUAUUAAGUAAGAUGAACGUCUCGGGAAGCAGUUGUGGAAGCCCCAGUUCUGCAGAUUAUCUAUCUAAUGACUUUAAGGAUCUUUGGACAAAACUAAAGGAGUAUCAUGAUAAAGAAGUACAAGGUUUACAAGUAAAAGUAACCAAACUGAAAAAGGAACGAAGUUUAGAUGCACAGAGACUAGAAGAAUUCUUCACCAAAAAUCAACAGCUGAGAGAGCAACAGAAAGUCCUUCAUGAAACCAUUAAAGUUUUACAAGAUCGAUUAAGAGCAGGAUUAUGUGAUUGCUGUGCAGUAACUGAAGAACAUAUGCGGAAGAAACAACAAGAGUUUGAAAAUGUUCGACAGCAGAAUCUUAAACUUAUCACAGAGCUUAUGAAUGAAAAGAAUACUCUACAGGAAGAAAAUAAAAAGCUUUCUGAACAGCUGCAGCAGAAAAUUGAGAAUGAUCAACCACAUCAAGCAACCGAUCUUGAAUCUGAGGAAGAUGUUAUUCCAGAUUCACCAAUAACAACCUUUUCAUUUUCUGGCGCUAACCGACUACGAAAGAAGGAGAACCUCCACGUCCAAUACGUAGAACAAACACAUACUAAACUGGAGCACUCUGGGUGUGCACAUGAAUUGAGAAAAGUACCAAAGUCUUCAACUCAUCCACAACAUAAACAUAAUGAACGUGAAAUUCUAGUGGCUGACACUUGUGAUCGGAGUCAAGCUCCAGUGGCUAAUACACAUGGAAAAAGCAGUUAUCCUCCUGAUAAUUUAGCUACAGUUGUUGCUGAAACACUUGGACUUAGUGUUCAAGAUGAGUCUGAAUCUCAAGGUCCUAUGAGCCCUCUUGGUGAUGAGCUCUACCACUGUCUGGAAGGAGAUCACAAAAAACCUUUUGAAGAAUCUAGAAGAAAUAGUGAAGAUAGUUUAAGAUUUUCAGAUUCUAAUUCAAAGACUCCUCCUCAAGAAGAAUUGACUACUCAGGUAUCAUGUCCUGUAUUUGGAGCUACCUCUAAUGUGAAAAGUAGUUUAGGUUUGAAUACAAGUUUGUCCCCUUCUCUUUUAGAGACUGGGGAAAAAAACCAUCUGAAAACAACGCCCUUCAGCAACACUUCUAAUUCUAGAUCAGAGAAACCUAGAUCAAAAUCUGAAGAUGGUGCCCUUUUCACACAUCAUAAUAUUGGGGCUGAAGUGAAGAAGAUCACUAACCAGUCAUCUUCUAAUAAGCAGGUGCUUAUAAAUAAAAAUAUAAGUGAACAGGAUAGUAUUGAUCACAUUAAAGAUACUGUUACUGAUAAAGAUAAACCUGUGGUACCCCUGAAAUCACUGGGAGGCCGAACCAAAAGGAAGAAAAUCGAGGAAGAAAGUGAAGAUGAAGUAAGCUGCCCCCAAGCCUCCUUUGAUAAAGAAAAUGCUUUUUCUUUUCCACCAGAUAGUCAUUCUUACAUGAAUGGAGACUAUGUGAUGGAUAAACCUCUGGAUCUGUCUGAUCGAUUUUCAGCUAUUCAGCGUCAAGAGAAAAGCCAAGGAAGUGAGAACUCUAAAAUCGGAUUUAGGCAAGUGACUCUCUAUGAGGUUUUGAAGCCUGUUCCAAAGGGCUCUUCCUCAAGCUAUAAGGCCUUGAGUGGGAGCUGUGGGUUAACCAGAGAUUCCCCGGAAGAGCCCAGCAGUUUACAGGAGUCCCUCCUCCAGUCCUUGAGUAAAUCUCCGGGUAAUAAAACACUGUUACAAAUAAAGGAAGAAAAUUCUAUCUUUAAAAUCCCUCUACGUCCACGUGAAAGUUUGGAGACAGAGAAUCUUUUUGAUGAAAUGAAGGGUUCUGGUUCUCGUGAGCCUAUAAAAAUAAAAACCAGGUCAGUCCAUGGAGCUUGUGAACUUGCAUCAGUUCUUCAGUUAAAUCCAUGUAGAAUUGCUAAAACAAAGUCUCUACAAAACAACCAAGAUGUAUCCUUUGAAAACAUCCAGUGGAGUAUAGAUCCAGGAGCAUACCUUUCUCAGUAUAAAAUGGGUAUUACUGUAGUAGAUACAAAGGAUGGCAGUCAGUCAAGAUUAACAGGAGGAGAGACAGUGGACAUAGACUGUACAUUGGUUAGUGAAACUAUGCUUUUAAAAAUGAAGAAUCAAGAGCAGAAGCGAGAAAAAAGUCCAAAUGGACAAGGAAAAAUGAAUGAUAGCUUGGAAGAUAUGUUUGAUUGGACUACACAUGAAGAAUAUGAAUCCUGUUUGGUAGAUAGCUUCCCCCAAGUAGCAGAUGAAGAGGAGUUGUCAACUGCUACAAAAAAACCAAACUCUCCUGAUGAUAAACAAGAUAAAGUCAAACAGAAAGCAUUUGUGGAGCCAUAUUUUAAAGAUGAUGAAAGAGAGACUAGCUUACAAAAUUUUCCUCAUAUUGAGGUGGUCAGGAAAAAAGAAGAAAGAAGAAAAUUGCUUGGACACACAUGUAAGGAAUGUGAAAUUUGUUAUGCAGAUUUUCCAGCAGAAGAAAGAGAAAAGAAGUUGGCUUCCUGCUCAAGACACCGAUUUCGCUACAUUCCACCCAACACGCCAGAGAAUUUCUGGGAAGCUGGUUUUCCUUCCACUCAGACUUGUAUGGAAAGAGGUUACAUUAAAGAAGAUCUUGAUCCUUGUCCUCGUCCAAAAAGACAGCAGCCUUACAAUGCAAUAUUCUCUCCGAAAGGCAAAGAGCAGAAGACAUAA